CUUUACCACAUUGUCUCAUACACCUUAGACUUGUCUUACUGACAUUUUGGAAUUUUCUUACCGCCUCUUCUUUAAAUAACGCUCUUUUACAUCCACUCAGUAUGCCACCCUGUCGCCGCGAUUCGAAAAUGGUGAGCGAAAAGUCACAACCCCUCAUCAAGAAGGAACCCAUUUCGCCUACCCUGGCACCACAGCUGCUCACCCCACCUUCCUUAGCCAUCAAUGUCAAGCCCGAGCCAUUGUAUUUGAAAAGCGAAACAGAAGAUUAUCCUACAGUAGUGAGGGCAUCGAAACGCAAACGCCCAGCCACACCCGAUGAUAUUGACGAUGAACCGAUCAGUCCUGUAGUACUGAGCAAGAAGGCCAGAGCCGCCACUAUACUAGUAACGAUAGCACCCAAGCCGCCGACCAGCCUCGUGUCAUUGAAGAGGGAGGUCGAACCUGCCAGUAUACUAGUCAAAAUAGCACCCAAAACGCCGACUCCGACCCGCGCAGAACACGAAGCCGCUGCAAAGAGAGCCAGGCAAGAGGCUGACCAUGACGCGGCGUUGAGAGCAGCAUUGCUGAGACCAAGGGACACUCCUACGCAGUGGAAGACGAAUUGGAACAACUGGGUUCUUCGUAACAAACGGAGAAAUCCCGACUCGUUAGACGCAUCCCAGACAACGUGUAUCAAUGUGUCAAAAUCCAUCAAGUACUUCGGCUUAAGAAAGGAGGACCUGGAAUGCCUUGCAUUCGAAUCAAGACCUAACCCAAAAGACUCCUCUUUCACCCCAAUGCGUUUAUACGACUACAACGAAGUGGUCCGUCUUGCUUGUAGGAAAUUAUCCAUUCAAGCUGGUGUUCCCCAGUGCGAUGAGAGGGCGUUAAUCGCUCAUGGGAAGGCUUUGCUGGAGAAGAAGAAAGGGUUCAACUCUUCUUGGAUUUCGAAUCCAUUUAUAGUAUGGACGUGGGAUUAAGAUGUGGCAGUGACGAAUUCGUAUCUUGGAAGUUGAGGAGGAGGGUUGCAGGCUCCCACCAGGUUAUGUAUUGGUCUUCGUGGAAUGGACAUCACACCGCGCAAUCACGUCGAUGCAAACAGCUAGUCUUC